AUGUACUCUCCCAAAGGCUACUCUUCGCCACGCUCAUCUCACGACUCCGAUGACUCUCUCCGCGCUCUCGAAGUCUCAGAUGGCCCCGAAAUUCCGGUAACACGAACUACCAGGGGGCGCUCUUACUCGGUCUCUGGUUUCGAGUUCGACCUCCUUCCGCUCAGUGCAAGUAUAGGCGAUCCAGAAAUAAUGCAAACUGAACACGCGGGAGAGAAAAGUGUGGGGCUUGUAAAUGGUAUAGCUCUAAUUGUCGGGCUGCAAAUAGGCUCUGGAAUUUUCUCCUCCCCUGGUGUGGUUGUUGCAAACACCCAUAGUGUUGGCGCAAGCCUUGUAGUUUGGGCUGCGAGUGGCCUUCUUGGCUGGACUGGCGCUAGCUCUUUUGCCGAGCUAGGAAGUGCAAUCCCUAUGAACGGUGGAGCUCAAGCAUAUCUUGCCUACGCCUACGGAGAACUGCUCUCGUUUCUAUUCGCGUGGACAGCUAUCAUUGCGCUCAAGCCCGGUGGAAACGCAGUCAUUAGCCUCAUCUUUUCUGAGUAUAUAAACCGGAUUAUCUGGCACACGGGCCGGGCUGAAGUCUCUCCAGAUGACAUACCACAGUGGGCUAUCAAACUAGUAGCUAUCGGCGCUGUGGUUAUUGUAACCGGAUUCUGUGUCGCAGCUCGCAAACUAGGCACCCAUGUUGCGGUUGUUUUCACGACUAUCAAGGUCGCUGCUCUCAUAUCAAUGACAAUUCUUGGAAUCAUUCAACUCGCAAGGGGGAAGCAGUCAACGUCGUUGACGGAACCUUUGUUUGCGGGCUCUAGUACAAGUCCAUCAGCAUACUCAUUGGCGCUCUACUCUGGUUUAUGGGCAUUCGACGGCUGGGAUCAAGCUAACUAUGUCGGGGGCGAAAUCCAGAACCCAGAGAAAAAUAUUCCCAGAGCCAUCCAUUCGAGCAUGUCGAUUGUGACGUUAUUAUUUCUGCUGGCUAACCUGGCAUAUUUUGUUGUUCUUGACAAGGCAAGUCGAAGGAAACUCAGUCAAUUUUUCCCCUCACAACUUGCACAACAGAAUACGAUUAGUCUCAGUAACACUGUAGCAAUGGAUUUUGGCAGGGCACUAUUUGGACCAAUUGGUGGCACUAUAUUUGCGUUUAUGGUCGCGAUUUCAUGCUUCGGUGCACUCAAUGGGUCUUUCUAUACGUCAUCUCGUUUGGUCUAUGCGGCCGGUCGCGAAGGCUAUCUUCCUGCAAUGUUCGGACGACUCCACUCAACAAGAAAAACGCCAAUCAACGCAACCCUUCUCCAAGCAGGCAUUACCACCACAUUUAUUCUCAUUGGUGGCGGGUUCCGCUCUCUAAUCAACUUCUCCGUUGUUGCAUCUUGGGCAUUCUACUUCCUGACGGUACUUGGCCUCGUUAUUCUCCGAGUAAAAGAGCCUCUAUUAGAAAGGCCAUAUAAGACAUGGAUCAUUACGCCACUCACCUUUUGUGCGGUUGCGCUCUUUCUGUUGUGUAUGCCCAUCAUUGCUGCUCCUCUUCCCGCAGUGGCUGUGCUUGGAUUUGUUCUGGCUGGAGUUCCCGUCUAUUACCUCACACAUCGGUCAGAGCGGGAACUCCCCGCUGUUUUCGGGUGGAUAGCUCCCUUGGUCACGCGAUGGCGAGGACGACCAGCAGGAGAAGGAUGGCAAGCAGUAGCCACCGACGGAGACGAGCCGAUAGAGAUUACGCAGAUUAGAAGAUGA